AUAAAAGACAGCACGAAGUCAUUGAUGUGUUUUCGACAGUUCUCUUACUUUUCCCAGAAUUUAACUUUGAUUUUAAAUUUGUGUGCAGAAAUUCCGAAACAUUGCUCCAUUUUCUGAAAGGCUGCCUGGGUACGGGAAUCUUAGCGAUGCCAAAAGCGUUCUACCACUCAGGGUAUUUAGUAGGUAUAAUUGCAACAGUUCUCAUCGGGGGAAUUUGUACAUACUGCAUUCACAUGCUAAUUAGAGCAGAAUAUGAACUUUGCAAAAGACGAAAGGUGCCCAGCUUGACAUACCACGAGGUUGCCGAAAUAGCAUUCCUAGAAGGCCCUCCAAAGGUCCAGAAGUAUUCAAUAUACGCCAAACAUGCUGUAAAUAUAUUCCUGUUAAUUUACCAGCUCGGGAUAUGCUGUGUUUACGUGGUUUUUAUUGGAACUAAUGUGAAAAGCGUAUGCGAUACCUAUUUUCCUGAAAUGAGCGUGUCGAUUUACAUGCUCAUGUUUCUGUUGCCCUUGAUAUUAAUUAACUGGGUGAGAAAUUUGAAACGAUUGGCGCCUUUCUGUACUGCUGCAAAUGUAAUCACGCUAAUUGGAUACGCUAUAAUUUUUUACUACAUCAUUAGGAAUAAACCUAGUUUCGACAAUAGGUCACCUACUGGACAAUACGAUCAUUUUCCUCUAUUUUUUGGUACCGUUUUGUUCUCCCUGGAAGCUAUAGGAGUGAUAAUGCCAUUAGAAAAUGAGAUGAAAUCUCCUAAAAAUUUUGCAAGACCAUUUGGAGUACUAAAUAUUGGUAUGGGAUUGGUGGUUAGUAUCUAUUUGAUCAUGGGCUUACUAGGCUACUUAAGUUAUGGUGCUGACGUUGAACCGGCCAUUACCCUAAAUUUACCACCUGAUGACAU